AACAUCGAUAUUUCGAUAUAAAUAUACAACAAAGGUGUGGAAAUCUAAGUUUCCACAAAAACGAGCAAAUAUUUGCAUUUUUCAAGCCCCGAAUCGGCUAAUUAGAGUUUUGCUCGGAACGGUAACGAAUCUAACAUCGAGCAUCGGCAGCGGAAGUGGCUGAUUAAUGUUUUUUGUUGUGUCUGGCGUGAAACGAGAAGUGUGACGGGCGUCAAUGAGGACACACUAAUUCACGGGAUAAGUUGGAGUUAAUUGUCUACCGCGCCCGACCAUGCCACUGCCGAAGCGAUCGAUAGAGCCCGUACAUGUGGCCCGCUCCGUCUACCAGCAGGACGAGCUGCAGUCCGUGGAGCUCGAGACGGUGACCAACACCACCCUCACGAACAUCAUCCGGCAGCUAUCCUCGCUCUCGAAACACGCCGAGGAUGUGUUCGGUGAGCUGGCCCGCGAUGUCGCUAAUAUUGGGGAUCGGGCCAACUCGUUGCAGGCCCGCAUCGAUCGGCUGGCCAUCAAGGUCACCCAGCUGGACAGCACUGUGGAGGAGGUGCCCCUGACGGACAUAACGCGCAAGAAGGCCUUCAAGUCGGCCAAGGUGUUCGAUCAGCAGAUCUUCUCACGGGCCACCAUGCCGGCACCCAUGCUGGAAACAUACGCCCAGUGCGACAAACCGCCGCCGCUGGACAAGCUGAAUGUGUAUCGGGACGAUGGGAAGGACGGUCUUAAGUUCUACACCGAUCCCAACUACUUCUUUGAGCUGUGGCGCCAGGAGAUGCUCAAGGACACCGAACGUGUGAUGCACGACAAGGGCAAGAAGAUGAAUCGACCGCGACAGGACGGAGGAGCCGGCGGGGCAGCUGGGCGUAGCAACAAGAAGCAAAAGACCAAAAUACGACAGCCGCACAAUACGCGCGAGAAACAGCGCCAGCUCGUCCUGGUGCACGGCGAGACCCUGAUGCCCAACAAUGUUAUAUACCGGACACCCAACUCCAUGGUCAACGAGGAGGCCGGUUACGGAAUUCAGCUAGUCAGAAUACAGACUGUGAGCGAGGCUGAGACCGAUGCCAGCCACCACCAGGUUGUCGGUAAUGUUAAUGACGUAGAUACAGUAAAGCCUUAUAAUAUGCUAUCGCAUUUGGAGAAUAACAGUAAUGUCACAAAGCAAACCGCCGUUGCGAUUGCAGAUAUGGGAGUCUACGACACACGCCCACCGCGUCCCAACUCGAUCGAGUUGCGCCACAGCUACCAGUCGGAGCAGAUCGAUGGCAGCACCUACGACCAGGUCAACCCCCAGAUGGGCCACAAUCAGUAUGCGGCCUCGUUCGGAGCCAAUGGAAUGGCUGGAGCCCAGCAGAUGCACAUGCAGCAGCACCAGCAGAUGUACGAUGCCGGCCUGUACCAGUCCCACUCCCUGUACGGCCAGGCGGGGCAGGGUGUUAUGUCGCCGGAGCCCAUUUACGGACCGGGCACCCCGUCGCGCAACAAGCCGCGUCCCUCACAACCGCCACCGGCUCCACCAUCGAACGGCAGCGGUGGGGGCACACCCACAGCCUCGAAUGCCAAUACCCCGACCCGGGGUAGGAGUAUGUCGACCAGCAGGGACGCGUUGCCACCACCACCGCCCGUACCGGACGCCAUGUCGCCCAUGUCCGCCAUGAAUGGCGCCAACAGCGGACACAUUGCGGCCAAGCUGCUGGGCCGGGCGAACAGUACAUCGCGAGCUGGAUCUCCGCAGAUGACUCCGAACAGCGUCCAGAACGCCAACGACAUGGUUAUGACGCAGCUGAGCAACACAUUCAACAACAUGGGAAUGGGGGGCAACCAGUUGAACUCCCUUAGCGACUUGCCGCCCCCGCCUCCAGUGCCCGAUCAGCACUCACCAAAAAUGUCGCCUCCCAAUGCCGCACCACCCCCGCCGCCACCGCCGCCGCCCGUUGAGGAUGGAAUGGGCGGUGGUAGUGGCAAUCAGCACACCAUGCGGCCACACCAAAUUCUUCCCAAAUCCCUGGCCAAUGGAGAGAUGCCAGGUCAGCAGAACGGUGGCCCGCACAUUGUGGCUGCCAAGAAGCUAUUGCCUCCAUUCCAUGACCCACGCAACGACUUGAUGAAGGCCAUUCGAGAUGGCAUUACCCUGCGAAAGGUGGAAAAGUCUGAGCAGAAGGAAUUUGAACGUAAUACGGCACCUUUGGACGUCGCCUCCAUCUUGGCCAGACGCGUGGCAAUUGAACUGUCCGAGUCGGAGGACUCGGACAGCGAUGACGACAGCGAGGGGUGGAUGGAGCCAAACGAGACAUCGGCUUGAUCCCUGAUGAACUCGCUCAAGCCGGACCUAAUUCUAAAAAAUAAAAAGAAGAAAUAAUUCCAAAGAGAAUUAAUCCAUACGAUGGUCUAAGCCAGGAGUGGUAUAAAAUUGGAUUACACAAAAGCACCAAAGCUUUUCUACCACCACCCACUUUCAUAUGAUAUAUACACACACCUAAACCUAAACUAAUCCUAAAUAAUAUAUCUAAAAUCAAAAAAAGUAA